CGGGACGGCGGCGGGCGGGGCGCCCAGGCCAGGACGCUGCGGCGCGGUCGCCUCCUCCCGACGCUCCCGCCGGCCCGGCCGCCCCCUCCCGCGCCCGCAGCCUAAUGACCGCGGCCGGCCGGAGCCCACUGGAGGCGGCCGUCUGCUGGCAGCUCGGGGCUCACGGGGACGGCGCGCCACAGUCAGGGUGGCAACUCCUGGGACUCCGCGGACCCUGAUUGAUUUGUCAGCUCAGGCGAGCCAGCAGCUACUCCGAUCGCUGUGCUGCCCGGGCUCCCGGGCCGGCCCCUCAGGCUGGAGCGCCCUACUGGCCCCAGGAGGGAGCCCCUGGUCUCCCGACCCGCGCCCCGGCGCCCCUCCCCUGCCCCCUGCGGGCAUCGCCAGGCCCCAGGGCUGCCCUCCGCCCCGUCCCCCCCUCAGGGCACCGUGCCAGCCCCUCCAGCGUUCACCCUGCUGCUGCCCCCCAGUCCCGCACCGCCGUCCCCUGCGCCCCGGCCCUGGCCCGGGGCCGCCCGCAGAGCCGGCCACACCCGCUGCCGAGGGCUCACCAAGACCAUGCCGUCCAUCAGCAGUGACCGGGCAGCGUUGUGUGCGGGCUGUGGGGGCAAGAUCUCUGACCGCUACUAUUUGCUGGCAGUAGACAAACAAUGGCACAUGCGUUGCCUCAAGUGCUGUGAAUGCAAGCUCAACCUGGAGUCGGAACUCACCUGCUUCAGCAAGGAUGGCAGCAUCUACUGCAAAGAAGACUACUACAGCCCCUCCCUCCAUGGUCCCCACAGGCGGUUCUCUGUGCAGCGCUGCGCCCGCUGCCACCUGGGCAUCUCGGCCUCAGAGAUGGUGAUGCGUGCUCGGGACUUGGUUUAUCACCUCAACUGCUUCACAUGCACCACGUGUAACAAGAUGCUGACGACCGGCGACCACUUCGGCAUGAAGGACAGCCUGGUCUAUUGCCGCUUGCACUUCGAGGCACUGCUGCAAGGCGAAUACCCGGCACACUUUAACCAUGCCGACGUGGCAGCGGCGGCAGCGGCAGCCGCAGCAGCUAAGAGUGCAGGAUUGGGCUCAGCUGGGGCUAACCCGCUGGGUCUUCCCUACUACAACGGCGUGGGCACUGUGCAGAAGGGGAGGCCGAGAAAGCGCAAAAGUCCAGGACCCGGGGCAGAUCUGGCAGCCUACAACGCCGCGCUGAGCUGUAACGAGAACGACGCGGAACACCUGGAUCGCGACCAGCCCUACCCUAGCAGCCAAAAGACAAAGCGCAUGCGCACCUCCUUCAAGCACCACCAGCUUCGGACAAUGAAGUCUUACUUUGCCAUUAACCACAAUCCCGAUGCCAAGGACUUGAAGCAGCUCGCGCAAAAGACCGGCCUCACCAAGAGAGUCCUCCAGGUCUGGUUUCAGAAUGCCCGGGCCAAGUUCAGGCGCAACCUUUUACGGCAGGAAAACACUGGUGUGGACAAGACUUCGGAUGCCACGCUGCAGACAGGGACACCGUCAGGGCCCGCCUCGGAGCUGUCCAACGCCUCGCUCAGCCCCUCCAGCACUCCUACAACCCUCACAGACUUGACUAGCCCCACCCUGCCGACUGUGACGUCAGUCUUAACUUCUGUGCCUGGCAACCUGGAGGGCCAUGAGCCCCACAGCCCUUCACAAACGACUCUUACCAACCUUUUCUAAUGACUCGCCACCCCCUUCUCCCCUGAGCCCCCAUGAUUUCUUUAAAAAAGAAAUUAUCUUUAGUUGAAUUCCAAGUGUAUUUUAAAAAUAGCGGUUUGAGCAACUAACUAACCACGUUUUAGGAUCUCGCCUGGAAACAGAGGGGGAAAAAAGAAUUGUGCGUCGGGCUAACGCAGCGGUGUGUGCUGAGGAAUUACUUGGGAGAUAUAUCUGCAACACAACAUUUGUGUCCCUGUACAGUUUUGUGGACUGAGCGAGGAAAACAACAAAUAAUUUAAGUUGGCUGAGAGCUUCCGUAUUUUCAAAGACUGCCACGUGCCUUAGGAAUACUGUUUUAUCUUCAUACUUUGGAUGAAUUGUUCGUUUUUUUUUCUCUCCCUCUUUUUCUCUCUGUAUAUUUAUGACCAGAGCAAAAUGUAAAAAAGGAAAAAAAAACAAAAAAACAAAAAAAGUUUGUUACUUUGAAUAGUCCUAAAGAAGAAAAAGAAAAAAAAAAAAAAACAAGGAAAAAAAUCAAAUCCCCUCCAACAGUCGCUUUCUUGUUUUAGAAUUUUAAGGUGGAAGUCUGUUCGGAUAUCAGAAUUUGUAAAACCUAACCAGUAAUAAAAUCACUUAUCGAAAAGA